UUUCACUUUGCUUGUCUUGCUUGAUUGUUAGCUGGAGCACAACUUCUGAACUUCUUUAAACUCUUCGAGAAAAAUUUAAUAAAAACUAUGGAUAAACCAAUUGUCUGGGCGCGCGUUGUCAAGGUGCUGGGACGCACCGGUUCGCAGGGUCAAUGCACACAGGUGAAGGUGGAAUUUCUGGGCGAACAGAACCGUCAGAUCAUACGCAAUGUGAAAGGACCUGUGCGUGAAGGAGACAUCCUGACGCUGCUGGAAUCUGAACGUGAAGCUAGACGUCUGCGCUAAGAAUGGAAUUGGAUUCUCUACUUUCAUAAAUCGAUGUAUAAACACGGAGAAUAUCACAUUGUGACUUGGAAAAAACAGUAUUAAAAUGGAAAAAUUUAUGGACUUUUUAGUCAAA